AUGGCCACUCCCGAUGCGACCAAGUUCACCACUUCCGACCAGAUCUUCUCCGCGAACCACACGCUCCCCCAGAUUCGCUCCAUCCACAAGGCCCUCCAUGUCGAGAUCGAGGACAAGGCAAGCCGCCUGCGUACGCGCGUAGGCGGAUCUUACCGCGACCUUCUCGGCACGGCCGACACCAUUGUCCAGAUGCGCAGCGACAAUGAUGCCGUACAAGAGCUCCUGGGCAAUAUGGGCUGGCGGUGCGGGAGGACGGUGGUGUCGACAAAGGUGGCUGGAUUGGCCAAGUUUGUGCGCAAAGAGCAGAAAUCAGAAGUUGCCGAGUCAGCUAGAAAGAAGUUGCUGGAUGGAUGUCUGCUACUAGUUGGCAGGCUGCUCAGAGGUCGCGGGGAGCUGGACGAGAGUGUCAGGAUCGGCGACAGGCUGGUGUUGGCAGCCAAGGUGUGGGUGCUGAGCCGCCUCCUGGUCAAUAGCUUAGGGAACGAGUUUGCCAACGACGAGGCUCGGCAAGCUGCUGAUGCUGUCAAGAAGAAGCUGGAUAGCUUGCGUCGACGGCUCAGGACGACUCUGGAGAAGACCAUGGAGAAAGCUGGUCCCGACUCUGAUAGGGAUGACGUGUUAAAGGCUCUCGCUGCUCACAGCCUUGCGAAUAGCUCUGGAACCAAGGAUACCUUGCGGCACUUUUUGGAAGUGAGGUUCAAGGCCAUCGCUGUGGCUCUGGAUUAUGAGGAAGAAGAUGGACGAGUAAGGAGUCCGGACGAUGUUAUCCAAAGCCUGGGACUGUAUGCACAAACUCUAUUAGACGUGCAAGCUUUGGUUCCAAACAAACUCUCGCAGGCGCUCAAUGCCCUGACAAAGAAGCCUCUCCUGGAAGAUGCCUCACUACAGAAGCUGGAAGGGCUCCGACUCGACAUUUUUGAGAGGUGGUGCGGUGAAGAGAUCCAAUAUUACACGCCGUUCAUUCGUCAUGAAGAUCUCGAUGGGGCGCAGGCAAGGGAGAUGUUUGACAGCUGGAUGGAAAAAGGCCAGCAAGUGCUGCUUGAUGGGUUGAAGAAAACUCUAGAGCCAAUACACGAUUUCAAAUCCAUAACCGAACUUCGGACGAAUCUUCUCCAACUAUGGAUACGCGAAGGUAGCAAAGUGCGAGGUAUCGAUCCCGAAGAGAUGCAAAACGAUUUACGGAAAGGCAUCAAUGCGCAGAUGCUUGCCGUUUUGGACGCAAAGGUUUCCAAACUUCGUCUUGUAGGCUCAGAGGUGAAGGCCACGCUGGAAAGCUGGAAGGAUGGCGCGACUGGGAAAUUACCAGGCCUUUGGGAUGAAGAAGGCUACGAGGAUGCGUUGGCUAUCGGAGCUCGCCCAUUCUUACAAGAAGUGGCGUCACGAUUCUACGGCCGUAGCGACGCUGUGUCCAAGGCGCUCAACUGCUAUUCUUCUUGGUACCACAUCAUCGACGACGUGAAGGAGGUGGUUGGGCAAUUGGAGAAACAGCGCUGGGAUAACGACUUUGAGGAGAUUGAAGAUGAAGAGACCAUCGAGGCGAGACAGCAGCUGCUGAGCAAGGACGAUCCGAAAAUGCUACAACAAAAGCUGGAUGCCAGUCUUGACGCAUCCUUUGAUUCGCUUGGGAAGGAAAUUCAGCAGCUAUGGGGCGGCAAAUCCGAGAGUAGCAGCAGCAGUGAUAUCGCCAUGUACUUGAUUCGAGUCUUGCGUGACAUUCGUCGCCAGCUCCCACAGCGCGAUACCCUCAAAAACUUUGGUCUGGAUAUAGUCCCUGCCCUUCACCAAACGAUCAUAGUAUCGACAUCAGCAUCGUCAGUGGACGAAUUUGUGAUGACCGGAUUAUCUGGGAGGGUUGCAGUUGGAAGGCCGUUAUGGGAAGGCGACCCAGCACUGCCAAGUCAACCGUCCCCCGAGACAUUCCAGUUUCUCCAUAGCCUGCUGCUGUCUUUGUCAGAUGCUGGCAUUGAUUUGUGGACCGCAGCCGCAAUGUCAGCUUUGAAGAAGCAUGUCAGCCAGCGAUUGUGUGAGGCAUGGGACCAAGAAUUGCAGACCAUUAAAUUUAAGGAAGAGGACAAGGCUGUGGAGAAGAAUACUAAGGAGGUGAAGGGGCCGAAAGAGGAAAAUGGGGAAGAAGUAAAAGGGACAGAAGUUGAUACAGAGAAAGAGUCAGAAAUAAAAGAGGAGGAGAAACAAGAAGCAGAUGAUGGGGAAAAGAAGGAUGCCGCUGGAGAAAAGGAAGAGCCAGACGGCAGUGAGAAGGAUCAGGACGUAGAGAAGGAAAGAAACGGUUUGGCAUCUAGCAACGAGCAAUUGCGAGAUCUUUGCAUUCAAUGGCUGUUCGACAUCUCACUCCUACGCCUCUCAAUUGGAAAUGUGGCAGGAGAGACAACACAAGUGUUUCAAAAACUGGAAGAUGCAGUUUAUGAGCGCAGUGGCCUAGAGGAUUCCUCGCGGCAGCAAGUUGGCAAGGCGGCCAAGAGCUUCUGGGGCCGGACGAGUCUGCUAUUUGGAUUGUUGGCAUAA